AUUAGUAUAUAAAUUAACAUGAAACAUGCAUGCAUUAAGUACAGGUAAAAUGCUUCAUAUUUAUGAUUGCAGAAUCUAUUAUUAUAAAUUAUUUUAUGAUCUUUGGAAUAUAUUAUGUGAACCACCAAUAAUUGUAGUGGAUGAGAUGCUAUACUUGAUCCAAUGAACACAACUGUGACAACUAUAUUUGAUCCUGAGGACCUGAGCAUGUGGGCCAUGCAAUUAUUACUUGGAUAUCUUCUGUUAGUUUCAAUUUCUAGCCACGAGAUCCAAGAGUACUGUGCUCUCAUGAAACUUGUGAUUUUCAGUGGAUUAUUUUGCUUGGUUAGAAAAAAGAAUAAAAAAGGAAGAGAAUUAUAGACAGUUCUUAAGAAUAGCAGCAGCUAGCAGGUGCAGCUAUGUCUGCUCACCUCACAAUGUUGUCAACAAGAAUCCCGAAACUGCUUGUUUCAGACUACGAAAAGCUGUCAUUUACAAAUAGAAUUAGUAGUUGCCAGUUGAAUUCGUCACCUCAAUCAUCUACUUGGAUACUUUCUCAACAUCAAUGCAACAGGAACAUAAUUACAGGUAAGCCAAAUGCUUCGAAUUCUGGUACACGUAUGUCUGUUGUUACUGCUGCUUCUACUGUAUCCAUUGAUGAAAGCACAUAUGAAACGAAAAACAAGGAGGUGUCAGAGAACUUUGAUUGGUAUGCGCAGUGGUAUCCUGUGAUGCCAGUGUGUGAUUUAGAUAAAAGGAAGCCUCAUGGUAAAAGGGUGAUUGGUCUUGAUGUGGUGGUUUGGUGGGAUAAGACUGAAUCUCAGUGGAAAGUUUUCAAUGAUAUGUGUCCGCAUCGCUUGGCUCCUCUAUCUGAGGGACGUAUUGAUCAAUCAGGAAGGCUUCAGUGUGUGUACCAUGGUUGGUGUUUCAACGGCUCCGGAGCUUGUAAACUAAUUCCUCAAGCACCUACUGAUGCUGCUCCUGUGCAUACAUCAAAGAAAGCUUGUGUAGCUGUAUAUCCAAGCACGGUUCAGAACAAAAUGGUUUGGUUUUGGCCAAAUUCAGAUCCUGAAUUUAAAGACAUCCUUCAGAAGAAAAAGCCUCCCUUCAUACCAGAGCUCGAUGAUCCUUCUUACUCCAACUUACUCUCUAAUAGAGAGAUAAAUUAUGGGUAUGAAGUUCUUAUCGAAAAUUUAAUGGACCCUGCUCAUGUUCCUUAUGCACACUAUGGUAUAUUGAAUACACCAACUCCCAAAAGCAAGGUUGAUAGAGAAGGUGGUAGACCUCUAAACUUGAGUGUAAAAGAUAUGGACAUCAAUGGUUUUUCUACGAAGCAAGACUGGGGUUCGGGUAAUUUCUUUGCACCAUGUGUCUACUAUGUUUACCCAGAUCCGCCUCCUGACAGUGGGAAUGGAUCAGAAUCAUCAGCAGUGCCUAAUAAGGUGUCAUCAAGCCAGAAAAGGCCUAUUCUUGUAUUCAUCUGUAUUCCUGUCAGUCCAGGCAAAAGCCGAUUGAUAUGGUCAUUUCCAAGAAAUUUCGCGGUUUGGAUAGAUCGAAUCAUCCCAAGAUGGGUAUUUCAUUUCAAUCAAAACCUGGUUCUUGAUUCUGAUCUUUAUCUUCUUCACGUUCAGGAACACAAGAUAAAGGAGUUUGGCCCAAGCAACUGGCAUAAAGUUUGUUUUGUGCCAACAAAGUCAGAUGCUGUUGUUUCCGGGUACAGAAGGUGGUUGAACAAAUACUCUCAAGGCCAAGUGAACUGGGGGUCCAAAUUCAAUGGAGGAGCUCUACCCCCUAUUCCUCCACGCAGAGAGCUACUGGACAGGUACUGGACCCAUGUGGUGAACUGUUCCAGUUGUAAUGCUGCUUAUAAAGGACUGAACAUAGCUGAGAUCGUGCUUCAGGUUAUUGCUUUUGGUUUGAUCGGGGUGGUCGGAAUAGCCAAGCAGGGAAUGAUGACCACAAUUCAACGGACAGCCAUAUUCUCAUUGGCUAUCCUAUGCUUUGCAGCCUCAAAAUGGCUGUCUCACUUUAUUUACAAAAAUUUUCAUUUUCAUGACUAUAGCCAUGCACUAAGAUAAGCAUUCAGAAUCAAUAAAUAGUAUGCCAUUGCAAAUAAUAUGCUGAUUGUAUAUAUUACACUCUAAACAAGCACGCAAUGAAAAGCACCUGUGUUUUUUUAACAUA